UCCAUCCCCCAAUGGCUACCCCCAGGCCACCACCUCCCCCGCACCGUACUACAGCCACUCUCACGCUAGCUCCGUCAGCGGCCGCCUGCCUAUACCUACCUCCUUCUUCACCCUCUUGCUGUUCCACCGCUGGGGGCGUCUCUCUGGCAGGAACACCAGACUGGCAACCUGCCGAAGGAGGCCAUGGCGGAGUUCCAGGUGCGAGCGAUGGCUGAUGGGGGCAGCCCCGAAGACCUACCCCAGCGGGGGAGAGUCACUGAAGUGUGUCGAGAGUGGCUUCUGCAUGAAGAUCAAGCUUUGGCCUACAGGCUACAAAAUGAAGAAUAUCAAUCUCACUUGGGUAAUAACCGAGAGAGGAAUCAGCUGCUGCGUCAGGACACACCCAAGGCUAAAGAAGAGCAGAUAAGAGAGGACCAUGAAGCAGCCUUAGCCCAAACGGCUUAUGAGCUGGCUUUGGCUCAGCAGGAGGCUCGUGAUGCAGAUUUGGCAGCCAACUUGGCACUGAAGCUGAAUGUCCAAGACAUGGAGAAACAAAAGCAGCAAGAGGAACAAGACAUGUUGUAUGCUCGCUGUCUGAUGGAACGAGAAAAAGAAUCUAUACGCCAGAACCGAGAAUUACGGCAAGUGGAAAGAGAAGCUGCAUACCUCGGCAUAAACUCUGGGAGUGAUAACGUGGCCUUGCUUUCUCGCAAAGAACGCAGGGAACGUGAUGUGAAUGGCACUGUGAGCAGCGAUAGAUCAGCACAGAGUAAUACCAGUGGGGUUUCGUCAGAUUUGUCCGACUUGAGCGACUUUUGUCUGCAGCCUACAGAAGACAUGGAUGAGGAGGAACAGAGGGUAUUGCAGGAGGGACAAGAUGCUGAGUUAGCCCGGCUACUUCAGGAGCAGGAUGGGAAGAGGCGUGGGGAUCUCCUGCACCAGGACCAGCUAUUGGCCAUCGAGGCGCAGGACAGAGAGCUGGCCAAGGUGCUGCAGGAGCAGGAACGAGCAAAAGCUAAAAAAGCUCGUGAGAAGGCUCGGCAGAAGGCCCUUCAGAAAAAGCAGUCUCAACUUGCACACCUGCCACCAGAAUUUCUGCUCGAUCCCUCUGGACCCAGUACUCAGAGUGGACGAGGCAGCAACUCACCUUUAAGAUCAUUACCAGCAACCUCGGAACAACCUGGACCAUCUGGCUAUACCUAUCAAGAAUCUCGACUGACAGACUACACAAGUUCAAGCCCUACUUACAUGUCUCCAGAUUCUCCCAAUGAGGAUUCGGAUGGAGAUUUGCAGGAUCCUCGAGGGAGGCCAUUACAGAGACCAAAUUCACUUGAUUUGCCUGGGACAUCACACUCUUCAUAUGCUGUAUCUCAUUCAGAAAAAUCAAAAUAUGCACAUCACCAGUUUCCUUUGGGCAAGACCAAUAAACCUAGACUUCCUGACCCUGAAGCUCCUGCUGUCGAAUUAGUGGGUAGCAGUGCUAGCAGCAGCAGCAUGGAACAAACCCCAGCAAUGGGAUUUACCAAUAUUGCAUGUGCCAUUGACCCAACCUAUCAGCGUCGAGUGAUGCGGGGAGAGCUGGCUUCGCCCCACUCAUCCUCCUCCUCAUCCUCAACAAGCAGUGGCACCGGAGGCUUGGCUGGGCCUUCAAUUGGAUCACCAAUAUCACCACUACCUCCUCCAGUAUUUGAUGAUGAUGAUGAUUAUCCAGUUCCGCCAUACAUGCCUAUUCAAGGUCAGAGACGCACAGCCAGUUUAGAGAAGAACCACAGACUAAAGGCACCAAAGGAGAAGUCUAGUAGCAAAGAUGGCUGUAAGCAACAAUAGUAUAUUUUUGCUCUGACCACUAUUUACUCUGUGCUCUUCCAAAUAUUUUGCCAUUUGCUUAAAUCGUACAGUAUAUUGUCCUGUAAUACUGUACAGUGAAAUGCAGGUCACUGCAAUCACCUUUUGUAUUGGCCCUGUAGGUGGCUAUGAGGUGUGGUUGAUUUUUCAAUAGUUUUACUGUAUCUAGUUUUUGCCAGUCAUCAAAAUGUAUAUACAAUGUAAGCAUUAAAUUGAAAGGUGGCAAAGGGAAGUGUGAAUGAGAGAUGUGAAAUUUGUGGUAAACAGGCAAAUAAAAUGUUUUUGAGUGAGGAAAAACAUUGAAUUGUUAUGGGGGGCUGUACAGUACAGAUUUUCUGGGAAAUAGUUUUUUCCCAUGUUUAUAAGAAACACAGUUGCAUGUUUAGGCAGCAAUAAUGAAACAAUGUAUUUUUCUGAGAUCUUGGAGGAUUUGUUUGUCAUUGCAUUACUUUCCUACCUUACAGGACUGGUAAUUGUUAUGAAUCUCUAGAUAUUUUUAUAUUUUUUUGUCAAUGUAUUGUCCAAUUCAAAUACAGUAGUGGCUUCGUCUCAUUUGGCUCUCGGGGAAAAAUCUAGCAGUAUAAAUGAUCUGUAGCACCAUCUUAAUUUUAACCAAAGUAUUCAUUCUUCUGUCUCAAAUUGUAAUAUACAGAUAUAUAUUUAUAGAUAUAUUUUUACUCCACCAAGAGAUUUUUGUAUUGGGAAGAGAAAUUUAAAUGGUAAGUAAGAGAUCUUACAUGGGUUCAGUCAGAACGUAGGACCAGAGUCAGUGCUUCUUGCAAGUUUUGCAAGGCUCAGUCAAGGCAUAGGACCAGUUGUUUUUAGUGGCUCUCAUAACUUUUGUGAGAACCAUAGUCUUCAGUACCAAUCAACCCUUAAACAGCUCGGCAAAUUAAAAGUUCUAUACCGCAUUGUGGUGCACAUGGAAAAGUUAUUUGAUUUGACAAUCAACAAAUCACAUUUGACAAUUUGCAUUCAGGAGAUAAUUGCAGAUAGCAACUGCAGCCGUUUAGGGGUUUAAGCAAUAUUUGUGCUAUUAGUAUUGUGGAAUUUCUCUCUUAUGACUUUCAAGUGCUGGCUAAUGGUAUUGUUUUAUAUUAACUAUUAAUCAACAGUUAUUCACUGCCAGUGGUCUGAUAAUAUUUUGUUUAAUGAUCAAAAUGGAUUCCUAGAUUCCAGCCUGAUUGCAAGCUAGUAUUAAGAUUAUUUCCAAUGUAUUCUAGCAAUGUAAGAUUAAUACUCAACUGUGUGGCUCUAGAUAUGCAUUCUCAUGUACAUUAUAUAAAAUACUAAGUAAGUAAACACAUUCAAAUCUAUACAACAAAAAAUAAUUUUAAUAAUAAAUAUUAAACAGUCUUCAUGAAAAUGCUACAGAUGAAAGUGUUUUAGGAGGUGGUUUGACUGUUUUGUUAACCAAGACAUUGAAAAUCAGUUAAUUUUGAUGUAUUUUGGCAUUUAACUGAACUGUCCACUGUUUAUAGGGUAUGUACUUAUAACUAAUAGGGCUUCCCUUUUGAUCCAUUUCUUAAGGUUUUGACCUGUGCAUAAUCGCAUGUGUUCUACCAUGCUAUCAUUUUUACUUUUUAAUUUUGUUUUGAGCAUCGACCCAACCAACCACAGGCAUACCCAUGACAUGACAUGUUGACCAUUCAGAUGUAUCUAAAGUGUGACGACUGUUGCACCUUCAUCACGUCGUAUUACCCGCCAUGUCUUGUUGACUGAAAUUAAGCGUGCAUUUGGGGAGAUUUUCAUAUCAUUCUAUUCAGAGGUUAGGGACGUCUCCUUUGCUGCUGCUAAGGCAAAUCUUGCAUUAGGUAAUGCAUGCUUAACACAAAGAAUUUUAGAUUAAAUACUAAAUCUAGUGCAAAUAUAAAAAUAUUUCAUUAAUAUUCAUCUCUUAAAAGAACAAAUCUUCUUGAAUCAAAGAGCAGAAUGAUGAAAAUGACCAAGAUGCUGUAUCUUCUCUCUCCAUGUUUAUUUAAUAUCUUUAAUGUAAUAUAUAUAGUGUAGAUGUCAUAAAUUUUGCAAAUGCUGUACAUCCUCAGGGUAAAGGGUAAUCCACAAGAAAAGCUGGUGUUAAUCCAGAAUGUGUUCCAGUAGUAAUAGAGGUUUUAUGUUUAUGAUGCCUUGUUCCCUCUGGGAACUUCUUUCCUGAGGGAGUGGCCUUAAGUAGAAUCUUCAGACAUUUCUGCCAUCUUUUAGUAUUAUAGAGGUUUUGAAAGAGACUAAAACAAUUUCUAGAGGAGGAAUGUCGUAUUUUUUUUUUAAAUCGGCUGAGCUUUCUAAUUUCAAAGUUAUAGAAUGUUAACAAAUUAUAAUACAGAAAAUCCUGGCUAUUAAAGCAUUUGUAUUUUUCUAAACUGUUAAUGAGAGUGGGUAUUUGCUGCUCAUUGUAAAAACAUUUGCACAAGUGAAAUUAGGGUAGGUUUAAUUUGUAUUUUAUAAGCUAGUACAUAACUAAGCCAAAUAUGUGGAGUUUUUUAUGUCUAUUACUAAAGAUUAAAUUUGAAGUUCCCACUUCAUCCUUGCCGGUCUUCCCUCCCUCCCAUCUUACCCACCGUCUCCCUUCUCAUCACUCGGGCUCUCUCAUGCUAGUAACUCUGACCUCUUCUAGUGUUUAAUAUAUGUACCAUAUUUGCCGGCGUAAACAGACGCACCCUCGCCUUGGACGCAUCCCUAGUAUCUUGAGGUUAUCUUGAGAUGAUUUCGGGGCUUUAGUGUCCCCGCGGCCCGGUCCUCGACCAGGCCUCCACCCCCAGGAAGCAGCCCGUGACAGCUGACUAACACCCAGGUACCUAUUUUACUGCUAGGUAACAGGGGCAUAGGGUGAAAGAAACUGCCCAUUGUUUCUCGCCGGCGCCUGGGAUCGAACCCAGGACCACAGGAUCACAAGUCCAGCGUGCUGUCCACUCGGCCGACUAGGAUAAAUUGUGGAAACAAUCAAUUUUAGUAAUGUUUCGUCAUACAUUUAUUGAAAGAUAUUUUAAAGUGGAAUUUGUAACCCCAACUCUUAUCUCCUCUAAGAUCAGCUGUACAGUUGUUUAUAUAUUGGGCAAGAGAAUUGCUAUACAGGAUGGGAAACUUGUAUUUCUGGAUAGGAUGUUAUGUGUUGCUGCAUCAGGCCACCAGGGCGGCGCACCAUCACAGCGCUCUGGUUUUCUUCUCAUCCACUCAUUGCAAAUGGCUGACAGGCAGAUGAAAGUUUAACAUUCCUCUCAAAUUUCUAGGAGCAAUUUUUCAUUUAGAUAAUGAAUAAAUGUUUCUUAAAGGUAACACAGUCAUUAAAUAAUGUAUGACAUGCAGGCGAUGAGUCACAAUAAUGUAUGACAUAUAUCGGGUGUGGGUUAUGUAUAUUGGGGUAAGGUGGCGAGAUGAUGAUGAGCUUCCUUCAUAACUGCCGACGUAUAUUGUAAGCAAUUUUUCGUAGGUUUGUGAUAAGACUGAUAACUUGGCUUGUUUUCAAUAUUUCAUUAUUAGCAAUGAUUUUUGUGCCUAGGGAACUUGCCCAGUAUGCUCAUGCGGCUCCGUAGCCUAUGGCUCUUGGUCUCGCAUCCGUAAUAUGACCGCAUUAAACGCAGGGCAAUUUUUUUUUAUACAUUUAAAGAUAAAAAAUAUGGCAAAUACAGUAUAUAUAUCAUUAAAUAAGUAAUGUGGGAUACUAUUAGCAUAUCUCUUCAAGUAACUAGAUGAUAACUCAAGAUAACUACAAAUAGGCAAUCACACACACACAUAAUUGGGUAAAAUGUACCAAAAGUACUGGAAAAUUCAAGAGCUCUAUAUUCAAUAAGACUUGGAUACCAAGGGCACAAUAUAGUCUUCCUGUAGCUACACAUUAGUAAUCACACUUGAUGGAAGCAACCGCCAUGUGUAGCUUUAACAGCAGAUUCCAUAACGAGAACUUCUAGAAGAAUAUUGUACUUGCACCAGGUACAGUAUCUAAGAAGCAGAACCCUAGAGCUAGAUGUCAUUCCCUAUAGGUGCAGAUAAGGAAUGUGCACAUUUCAAGAGGAGGAUGUGUGCAACCUUUUCUCUUCUCCCUUCUCCCUUCUUUCUCAUUUUUUGCUCUUUUUCUCUUUAUUUUUCUCUUGUAUUCGUUUAUCUUCUCUUUUUCCUUUGAAUUUUAAGUUAUGGACUCUCUUUCUCUUCAUUACUAUUUUAAAACUGGUAUUUAAUACCAUAGAAUAGCUAUAUAUUAUAUCUACUUAUUUGCAUUUUUUGUUUAAAAAAAUCAAUAGGAGAAAAACAUGAAGGUACAGUACACCAAAUCCCACAAGAAUCUAAAACUAAUGAGGGCUUUGAUGUACCUGUGUAGCAUGACUUAGCAUGAAGUUUGCCACUGUGGCAAGAUAUAUUUUUUACUUGAUGGCAUCUCAGAUUCUGUAUAGUCUUAAGAUCAUCAGGAGCAGUAGCUAAUUAUACGCUUAUUUAAAAAAAAAAAAUGCCUUGCAGUCUCUUUUCGACUAUGAGUUUAUUUAUAAAGUUUAGAUAUUGUACUCGUAUAUUAAGUUAGUUUUCAAAGGUCAUCUUUAUGCAUUAUAAUCGGGAGAUUUCUGUGUAUUAGAAUAAGCUUGAGUUUGGGUGUAUCUGUGUGGUUGUGGUAUUCUUAUCUAAACAAGAGUAAAGAUCUAUAUUUUGUUUAUGUACAAUAUCAUACACUCCAUUAAUUCGUGGAAAAUUACCUACAGUAGUAUGAAACACACUCAAGACAAAGAAUGGUCAGUAUUUUUAACCAUAUUUUGAAGAAUAAAAACAAGAUACAUAUACUGUACUUGAAUAGGCCUCAAAUAAGAAGGUAGAAAAAGAUCUCGACUUUACCCCUUACAUCCUACAGACCUUGCCUUAUAGUGUCGUAUAUAUACAAGAGUAGGGAAAGAACACACGAGUGAUCGUCAUCAGAAUAUUGUGUGUGUAAUUAGUGUGAUAUAUUUUAACAGUACAGGUAUUUGCUGGUAAUUUCCAUACAGUUCCUGUAAAUCAUGUUCCCUUGAAAGUUUUAGCUUAGAGUUUUCAUAUAUAAUACUGUACUGUACUUUUAAUGAUGUUGGAAUAUACAUCUCCCUUAAUGAUAUUAGGAUAAAUAAGUUUGUUUGGGGUAGAUAGUUCACUAAAAGAGGGUGAAAUUUAGUAGAAUCUCGUGAACAUACUGAUUUAUAAGUACAAUGCAAUAAAUUGUCCAUUGAAUGAUCUAUGGCAUGAAUCUCUUUCAGUUAGUGUAAAUGCAGAAUGUUUUAUGGAAGUUGUUACUACUUUAUUUUAGUAGGUUAAUACAGUAUUACACUUAUAUUAUGGGCAUCAAAUAAUAUUGGAAGAUGUGAAGACAAGAUUGUACUGUGUGUACCUGAAGUGAAUAUUCUGAAAUAAAGACACUAUUACUUCCAUGAAGUCUCGUGGAAGUGAUAAUUCAGUCUGGGCCAUUAGAGGAGAUUAUUUUACCAUCCCAGUCAACAUUCUCCACUAUUCGGAGAACACACACACAAAUCACAAUAGCGUGAUAUAUCAAAUGAAUAAAUCCACAGGGGCCGUGAUGGGGGUUCAAACUUGCAUCUGGGAUCAUCCUGGACGUAAGUUCGAACCCUCAUCACGGCCCUUGUGGAUUUAUUCAUUUGAUAUAUCACGCUAUUGUGAUUUGUGUGUGUGUUUGGAAUGAAAUUACAGAAACUGCAGCAUUGUAAAACUUUUGAUUCUGCAAAAGCAGCUUGUGCAAUUUUGAACCAUAACUUGCAUUGCAAUCAAUUACAAAAAAACAUAAGCAAAAUUUAAAGGUUCAAAUGGUUAAAACAAAAAAUAAAAGGUUGCACGAUAAUUAAGGGGUAAUUGGGUGUUAUCUAAUUUUUUUCAUGCAGAAUUAGUUGAAAGCCUUGCGUAUCAAGGAAUGUAAUACGAGAUGAGCGAGUAUUAUUCCUGCGUUUGGUAACACCACUGUUGUAUUUAAUAUUGUAUUUUGAUUUUUUUUAGAUCUUUUCUAUCUUCAUACUAGGCAGCUUUUGAUCUGUUAAUGAAUUUUGCAUUAUGCCUUGGUUAAUAAAACAUUAGAACUACUGUACUUUCUCCUAAAGCUAGAGAUAGAGAGCACAGUGGGUGUAAGUUAAUUAAAUACCUAUAUAUGACUUGUAUUUUGUUUUUUAAGUUUUACCAAUAAAAUUUUAUAUAGUUUAUUGUUAAAAUGCAA